UUGCUUGCGACGUGUAGUGGUUUCUUCGAUACGUGGAUUCCGAAAGCUAGAAAGUGUUCCGCAUCAGAGGCAGCUUGGUCAUUGAGUGAGCUGGAACGGUAAUCGCGGUCGCGAAUCCUAUCGAACUCUAAACCAAAUUAGAGUGGUUUUGUGUAUUUGGAGCCUGAACUUUUAGUGCUUCGGUGAAUAUCAGGUCUUUCCUUGACCUGAGCAAAAGUUGUAAUAACUAACAGGCUGCCGUUUUCUAAAUAAAUAAAUUACAAAAUUACAACAGAAAUCUAUCAGAAUGCCUGCCCCAGCCAGUUCAACAUCCGUGGGAAGCGGAAGCCGAUCCCCCACGAAGCCCACGUCGGCACCCCGAGCCAGCGCCGGUGGUUCCAGCAAUCUGAAGCAACGGAAGACCACCACCACGACUACUGCUGCCCGGAAUCGCACCACUGGAACCGGAUCCGGUGGUAUGUGGCGUUUCUACACCGACGAUUCUCCCGGAAUCAAAGU